AUGGCGCGACGAAUGCUUCAGUAUGUUUCAGCACAAGAUGACAAGACAAAGCCAGCUGCGGCAGGCGCAAGUGCCCUAGACUUCAUCAGAAGCCUGCCACCAGGCCUCAUCAAGGCCACAAGAGACCACACAGCUGUCAUCCUGCGCGUGCCUGGGGCUGAAGACCCUCCCGCCCGGCUCUUUGCGGUUGCAUCUGUCGUCCGGACCUUCAAGCGACGCUACUCUGAAUUGAGGGCGACUGGCACAUUCCUGCUGAUUUCGCACUGGCAUGUUGGUGCAAUGGAUAUUCCUGGUCUCGUGGCUUGCCCUUUCGUGCCCUGA